AUGUCGCUCCCCUACACUAUGGUCUUCACCCUCUUGAUGACAGAGAUGAUCACAUUCAUCUUCUUGAUUCUCCCCUUGCCAUUCAAGUGGAGAAGAGGGAUGCUCAACUUCCUUUCCAAGUCUCCCUUCAUGGCCAACAUCCAAUAUGUCAUGAAGAUUGUCUUCAUCUUUGUGUUUAUCCUGUUCAUCGACUCGUUGAACCGUGUCAUCAAGGUCGAGGAGGUCAGCAAUGACAACACCCACCACCAUCCCCACACCGAGACCACCGUUGCCGCCAGACGUUUCUAUGCCCAGCGCAACAUGUACCUUACUGGAUUCACCUUGUUCUUGUCGUUGAUCUUGAACCGCACCUUCUUCAUGAUCUUGGAUUUGCUCAAGAGUGAGGAGAAGAUGGAAAUUGUCAAGAAGCAGGCUGCCCAGCAGAGCAAGGAGUACCAGCGUGUUCUGGAGUCAGAGAGCAACUUGAAGAAGGAGCUCAAGGACUUGACUGAGAUUGUUGCCAGCCAUGAGUCGACCCGUCGCGAUCUCGAGAACUUGAAGAAGCAGGCCAGCCAGCAGCAGCAGGAGUACUUGCGCAUGGCUGAUGAGAACACUGCCAUGGAGAAAAAGCUCAAGGGCGUCAAGUCUGAGAACAAGAAGGACAUCUAA